UGGUGCCAGAAUUCGAGAGACAGAAAGAAAAUAUAACAUACCCCACGCAACCAUGAUGGAUAAAUUGAAAGAAAGGAGUUCAUUGGAUGCUAGAAAAGGGCCUCCAACGAUUUUAACACAAAAUGAGGAGGAGCUUCUAUGUUUAUGGCUGAAAGCAAUGGCUAAAAAAGGGAUUCCAGUUGAGCCACGGCAGCUUCUUGAUGCUGUAGAGGAGAUCAUGAAGAAAGAUGGUAGACAAAACCCAUUCAAUGAAGGAAGGCCUGGGAGAAAAUGGAUUGAUCUCUUCUUCAAACGACAUCCAGAUAUUUCACUUCGAAAGCCUGAAGCUCUUGGAAUUGGACGAUCAUUGGUUACAGAGAAAUCCAUUAGGAAAUGGCAUGAUGACUUGAAGCAGUACAUCAUUGAGAUAACAGGGAAUACUGAUUUGCUUGACGACCCCAAGAGAAUCUUAAAUGGGGAUGAAUCAGGGUUUCAAACAAACCCUGUAACAUCUCUAGUGAUAGGGCCUAAAGGGUUUAAAGACUUAUACGAAGUGCGAGGCAGUAACAAAGAGUGUAUAACUGUUAUGGUUACAUUUAAUGCAGCUGGAGACAUGGCACCUCCUUGCAUUGUUCUCCCAUAUGAAAGAAUACCAGCUGAUAUAAGUCAUAAUGUCAAUCCUAACUGGUCAUUAGGGAAAUCCAAAACUGGGUGA